UAGAGUGUGCAGUGCAAAGGAAGGCCCCUCACAUUCAGUGUAGGCUUUCAGUGUCUGUGGCUAAAGUGAUUGCUUGAGCGUCUGCCAUGUAAGUUUUUAUCUUUCAAGAAUGAAUGAUUUGAAGGCAGUAGCAUGGUUUUGGGGUAAUAUAAGCUAAAGAGCAUUUGGAGCAAAAAGUUCUAGUAAGGUACCUAAUUUUGUGUAUAAACCCAAGAAUGUUAUGGCAAAUUUCUAGAUUUAGGUGUUUGAUACCUUAAACAAUUCCUAGUGGGACAGUGAAAACGUUAAUUUUUCCAAGCUGAUUUAAGUGACGAGUGAGUUUUGAUCUUUUUGCAAAUUUCAGUGACACCAUUAAUGUUCAGACAUAAUUUAUUGCUGCUUUCUGACUUUUCUCUUCAGCUGCCCAGUGUGAGCCAAGAGACCCUGAAGCACAGCGGCAUUGGACGGGCUGUGAUGUACCUGUACAAACACCCCAAGGAGUCGAGACCGAACAAGGACAUGGCUGGGAAGCUGAUCAAUGAAUGGUCUCGACCCAUCUUUGGCCUUACCUCAAACUACAAAGGCAUGACCAGAGAAGAGAGGGAGCAAAGAGAUUUGGAGCAGAUGCCUCAUCGAAGAAAAAUGAGCAGCUCUGGUGGUCAGACUCCCCGCAGGGACCUGGAGAAAGUGUUAACAGGAGAAGAAAAGGCUCUCAGGCCCGGAGACCCUGGGUUCUGUGCCCGUGCGAGGGUGCCAAUGCCCUCCAACAAAGACUACGUGGUCAGGCCCAAGUGGAACGUGGAGAUGGAGUCCUCCAGGGUAAGCACUGGCAAUGUCCUGGCGACUGUUCCCGAGCCUGGGAUUCUGUCACCAUAUCACCAUGGUUACUGCACAGGAGGGUAGUUCUUUUAAGGGGCUCUUGUAGUGAGUGUGAACAGUAAACUCUCCAGUAAGUAGGUGCUCUAAGCUCAUCAUAUGUUUUCACAGGAAAACAUCUCUGACCAAAAAAGAGAUUUUGAGUUAACUUUUCUAGAAUUUUUCUCUCAGGUGAGAAUCUGAUUACAGGCCUCUUGCUCUAAAGCAUAUUGAGCUAAGGGUGCAGUUCAGUACCUGUGUCACUGCACUGAUGCUUUUAUACUUCUCCCAGCUUUUGUAUCAUGUUCUGAUAAUAUUCCAGUUUGGGAAACCUUUGAGGUUUUGGUAAACAUGAACAGCUUCAGUGGAGGCCUUUGUGUUGCUUUGUCUUCAUC